AUGCCCAAAAGAAAGUGCACAUUUAAUGAAAAGUUACAAAGUGAAUACACAUUCUUAAAAAAAUGUCAAAAACCAGGACAAGAAUAUAAAAUUGAAUGUAUUGUGUGUGGAGCAGCAUUCAGCAUUGAACAUGGUGGUAAGUCGGAUAUUACACAACAUUUAAAAUCGGAACGACAUAAUAUAGCUGCUAGAGCGUCUAAAUCUCAAAAAUUGUCAAAUUUUUUUUCUCCAAAAACACAAUUUGCUGAUAAAGAACAAAAAUUAGCUGCAGACGAAGGAAUUUUUGCUUAUCAUACUUGUAAACACAGUCAAAGUCUCAAUUCUAUGGAUUGUACUUCUCAGUUAGUUCGUAAAUUAUAUGAGAAAAAAUUUACUUNGACAUUUGUCAAUUGAAAGGAAAUAUGAUUUUAAACUGUUAAACAUAUCUAUGAGUCGAAUAAGAGCAGGGAAUAAAGACAACCAACUAGUUUUAGAAUGUCCUAAAACGGUUUUGUAUUCAAUGUUAACAAAUUCACAAAAUUCUUUAAGAACGUGGACUCGAACUGUAUAAAUAUAAAAAUGUUGAAAUGUAGGUCUAUGGUAUCGGUCGGUAUGGUCAUAUGGUUAUAUUUUAAUCUUCUAUUAUCUAUGUGGCCGACGGGUAGUGAUAAUGAAUAACAAGUAGGUAAUUGUUAUCUCAAAACGAAAAAAGAAUACAAUUUAUAAUAUGGGUACAUAUUUUAACAUUCCCUUUUUUUGACUAAGUGUCCCGUUUUCCCGGCAACUCUUGUCGGGACACUGAAAUGUCCUGUUUGUUAAAAUAUGUACCCAUAUUAUAAAUAGAUAAUAGAAGAUUAUAAUAUAACCAUAUGACCAUACCGACCGAUAGCAUAGACCUACCUUUCAACAUUUUUAUAUUUAUACUGUUCGAGUCCACGUUCUUAAAGAAUUUUGUGAAUUUUUUAAUAUUAAAUACAAAACCGAUUUAGGACAUUCUAAAACUAGCUGGUUGUCUUUAUUCUCUGCUCUAACUCGACUUAUAGAUAUGUUUGACGGUUUAAAAUCAUAUUACUUUUCAAUUGACAAAUGCCCAACUUUAAUAAAAGAUUUUUUUAACAAUCCACUAUCAUUUUCAAUUCUAAUUUUUUUACAAAUUCAAUGCGAAUUGUUUUUAACAUGUAUAAAAAGUGUGGAGGCCAGAGACAUUUCUAUAAUUGAGGUUAAAUAUCAUGUUGAGUCUAUAAUUAAAAAAAUUGAAUCUCGUAAAAAUGAAAAUUUUUUUGCAUCAAAAGAACGAGAAGUAUCAAAUGCAUUAAGAGAUGAAGCAGUUUUAUCUGAAAACAUGUAUAUUAACUAUCCUAACACAUUUUAUGAUACAUGUUUAGAAUAUUUAAAAGAAUGGUCAAAUCCCACUUUAAGUAAAUUUGAUAGUUUAACGUGGAUUACAUUUAAAAACAUUGAUCAUGAUUUUAAUUGGGUUAAUAUUCAAACUACUAUUGAAUUAAUCAAAAAUAUUAUUCCCAAAAACAAUUUAAUUAAUGAGGCUCAUUUAUUUGAUGAAUUUACAAUGAUUAAAGAAUGUGUAAAACACAAUGAAAAUAUUCAAUCCUUUAAAACUUUAUCAGAAAUGUGA